AAAUAAAAAUAUAAGAACUAAAAUUAAUACAAAUAAUUAUUUUCUGACAGAUUUUGGAAAUAUUUUAAAAAUUAAAACCUCGAUUAUAUAACUUUUUCCUUCUCUCAUUUAUAAAUUCAUAUAAUUCUACAAUCCACAUUGUACUAAUAUCAUUUUCUUAAAAAAAUUUGCCCAAACUAAAAAGAACUAUAAAAUCCAAUGUACUGUUUAUAAAUCUUUCUUUUAUUGCCCCUCAAGAAAUCUUUAAAAUGUUUUUACAACACUUUUAACGGGAUCAAUACACGCCUCAAACAACUCACUAACUUGUAACCUAAGCAAAGUGUUUUCUCAUAAUUCUUAAUACAUUCAACUUAUUAACUUGUAAUAUAUGUAAAGCGUUUUCUCAUAAUCCUUAAAAGUUUUCUUUCUCUUAAUAUGGAAAUUGUUAUAACGCUACAAUCCGAGGUUCAUAUAACUGUACAAUCUAAACUAAAACACAUGCUAUGUACUUCUGACUAAGCGUUACAAAUUUUAAAACUGAAACCUUGAGUCAAAACGAAUAAAACAUGAAUUCGAACAUGUCUCUUUCCUCUGAUCUCAUAUAUCCUAUAUGGAAGUGGGUAGAUGUGAGAGAGAGACUUGACAAUUAGCAUGAACCAUAAACUUCUUUUUUUUUUCUAAUUUCAACUGUUAAAAAGACAAGACUUAUGUUUACACAUUGAAAAUCAAUUGUUCCAAAGUUGAAAAACUAUUUGCUUUCACCGCGAUUUUCUCUACCCAACAAAAAAAACAAAACACAUUAGACAGAGUUGUUACUUGUUAGGCAUCAAGUCAACAACUCGCCCAACCUAACAUUAACCUAAAGCAACCCACUUUCGUUUAUAAAAACAAAAACUUAACCUAUAGUUUCUUUAUAGCUCACAAAAGUCAAUAAUUCUACCUUAUUAUAUACACACACACAUUCUCAUCUUCAUCCAUUAUUAACGUCACUUUACCCUUAAAACCAGUUUUUUCCUCCACCCAAAACAAAACAAUUAAAAUGAAGAGCCAAGUUUUAGUUUUAGUACUCAUAGGAGCAAUCUUCUGCAUAGAAGCUGAGACGAUCAGAGAAGAUAAACACGCUCUUCUUCAAUUCGUUAGCAACAUCAGUCACUCUCAUUCACUCAACUGGUCACCAACUCUUCCUAUAUGCACCAAAUGGACCGGUGUUACGUGCGACUCCAACCAUUCCAGUGUCAUCGCUCUUCACUUAGCAGCCACGGGUCUUCACGGGCAUCUCCAGCUAAAGGACAUAGCCAGGUUAACUAAUCUCCAGUUUCUCAUUCUCAGUUCUAACAACAUCUCUGGACCUUUUCCUCCAAGUUUUCAAGCUUUGAAGAACUUGACCGAGCUUAGACUCGAUUUCAACGAGUUCUCUGGUCCGUUGCCUGAUGAGUUCUCUUCUUGGGAGCGUCUACGAGUUCUUGAUCUCUCUAACAACCGGUUUAACGGUAGCAUCCCAUCUUCUAUCGAGAAGCUGGCUCAGUUACACUCUCUGAAUCUUGCUUAUAACAAGUUCUCCGGUGAGAUUCCGAAUCUCCAUGUUCCUGGUCUGAAGCUGCUCGACUUAGCUCACAACAAUCUGACAGGCACCAUACCGGAGUCAUUGCAGAGGUUCCCACUCUCAGCAUUCGUCGGAAACAGUGUUUCCUCUUCAAAACUAGCUCCUGUAAGGAAGCACCACCACCAUAACCAUGCAGUUCUUGUCAUAGCAUUAAGCGCGUGUUUUGCAACACUAGCUCUCCUCGCUAUCUUACUGGUGAUCAUCCACAACAGGGAAGAGCAGAGAAGAACCGCAAAGGAGAAACCAAGCAAGAGGAGGAACGAUUCAGAUCCAAACCUAGGCGAAGGAGGUAACAAGAUCGUGUUCUUCGAAGGGAAGAAUCUUGUCUUCGACCUCGAAGACUUGCUGAGAGCUUCUGCGGAAGUUUUAGGGAAAGGACCGUUUGGGACAACCUACAAGGUCGAUGUCGAAGACUCGGCCACCAUCGUCGUGAAAAGAAUCAAGGAAGUGUGCGUCCCUCAGAGAGAGUUCGAGCAGCAGAUCGAACACCUUGGCAGCAUCAAGCAUGAGAAUGUUGCUACUUUGAGAGGAUAUUUCUAUUCUAAGGAGGAGAAGCUUGUGGUUUAUGAUUACUACGAACAUGGAAGUCUCUCCACAUUACUACACGGUCAGAGAUGUCUAAAGAAUAGGAAACCUCUAGAUUGGGAAACAAGAUUGAACAUGGUGUACGGAGCAGCGAGAGGAGUAGCUCACAUCCACUCUCAAAGCGGAGGCAACAAACUAGUAGUCCAUGGAAACAUAAAAUCAUCUAACGUUUUCCUCAACGGGAAAGGAUAUGGCUGCGUCUCCGGGGCAGGGAUGGCUGCGCUGAUGCAUUCGCUACCGCGACACGCAUCAGGCUACCGUGCGCCGGAGAUAGCAGACACGAGGAAGGGGACUCAACCUUCGGAUGUGUAUAGUUUCGGUGUUUUGAUAUUCGAGGUGCUGACAGGGAAGGCAGAGGUGGGUAACCUGGUGAGGUGGGUGAACUCGGUGGUUAGAGAGGAGUGGACAGGGGAGGUGUUUGACGAAGAGCUGAUGAGGUGUACUCAGGUGGAGGAGGAGAUGGUGGAGAUGCUUCAGGUUGGUAUGGUUUGCACGGCGAGGUUAGCGGAGAAGAGGCCGAAGAUGAGUGAGGUGGUGAGGAUGGUGGAGGAGAUAAGGCCGGAGAAGCUAGCGAGCGGGUAUAGAUCGGAGGUUUCUACAGGGUCGACUCCGAUAGGGAGUAUAUCAGGAUCACCGUAUAUACUCUGAGAAAAAGACUAUUUCAUUGAGCUUUCAUGUUAUGUAUCUGAUCAUUCAGAAAAGAGUUUUCACUGUUUCAGUUUAUAGUGAAUGAUGUAAUUGAUAUGUUGAUUUCUAGCAAGACCAGUAAAAGGAACUCAAUUCAUAUAUAAAUUACGUAGAAAAGACAUUUCUCAAUAUCAAAAGGGAUUAUUACAUAGUUCU